UCCGAGCCCCCGCUGCUCCCUCAGCCGCCCCUGGCGCUCCGCUCCCUUCCCGGGACACGCUCGGUGUCUGUCCUGCGGCGAGGGGCCCAGAGCUGCUGCCGCCGUUUGCCUCAACAAACUGAACAGUCAUUGCCCGCUUGGGCUCGCGUUCAGCGGCUGCCGAGCAGCACCUCCGGGGCCCUUCCCAUUGGGAAAAUACGAGAAUUUUAUCUCUCAUUCUGCAAAGGGGAGAAUUUUCCCUGUGUUUCCUGUGAGAGACACGAGCCCGCCCCGGGCCCAUCACAGCCUGGCAGUUCACCAGGUUCCUCUUCCUCCUGCACAAGCGGCUCCCGAGCAAGGCCAGGCAAACAGGCGCUGAUAACACAACUUCCACAACUUGCAGGUCGCUUUGCCAAGGCCGCUGAGCCGCGGGCCCAGACGAGCGCCCCGUGUUUGUCUGUGAACCCUGGCAGCGACACCUGCUCCAUGGGGCCUUGGUGCCAUGGUACAGCCUGGGGUAAUGACUCUGUUUAUCCUGUUUGGGUAAUCCUGAUAAGGCCACACAACCCCUCCCGUGCCGAUUCAUUGAGAAAACGGCCGUUGACCGCGCUGGGAGCUCGCCUGGCCCGGCCAAUCAGCCCAGCAACCACGGGUGGUUUUAAUGAGGGCUGCUUAAUCAGGGCGGUCAAGGCUGCGGAGGGGAGUUCACUGUGACCCGGCCCUAUAAGAGCCGCCCCGAGCAGCCACGGGCCGGCAGAGCUGGGAGGACGGGGAGAAUCUGUGAUAUUUUGGGAUUUUACGCCUCUCUCCUGCCAGCUGACGGGAGUUUCGACGAGCAGCCGGCUGAGCCAUGAGCACCGGUGUGGAUACGGAGUGUGAGAGGUGCCAGUGCCACAGCAAGGACAAGCACCCCGCCAUCCUGUACACGCUGCUGAGCCAGGAGCUGCGCCCCGGAGGGGCCCGGCAGCGCUGCCUGUGCCACCAGCGCCGCGCCGUGUGCCUGCGAACGCCGCACGUCACCUGCCGGGCCGCCUCCGACGUGCUGGUCAAAACCAUCAACUUUGUCAAGAACGUCGCUGCCUUCCACCUGCUGCCACGGGAGGAUCAGCUGCUGCUGCUGGACAGCUGCUGGGUGCCCCUCUUCCUGCUGGGGCUGGUGCAGGAGAUGGUGACCUUCGAGGUGAUGGAGGCCCCGGCCCCCAGCAUGCUCAAGAAGAUCCUCCUCAGCGGCCAGAGCAAAGGGCAGGAGCCCGAGGGGACGCAGCCCACGCUGGCUGCCGUGCAGCGGCUGCAGUGGUGCCUCAACAGCUUCUGGAGGCUGGACCUGAGCCCCAGCGAAUUCACCUACCUGAGGGGAGCCAUCCUCUUCAAUCCAGCCAUCCCCGGGCUGAGGGCUCCGCUCUACAUCGAGAGCCUGCAGUGGGAAGCCCAGCGAGCACUGCGGGAGCUGCUGCACCCCGAGGGCCAGGGCCGCUUCUCCCGCAUCUUACGGGUCACCUCCUCCUCGAGAUCCAUCCCCGCCGCCCUCGUCACCGAUCUGUUCUUCCGGCCCGUCAUCGGGGACGCCGGCAUGGGGGAGCUGCUGGUGGAGAUGCUGUUCGAGGUGGCAGGGUGGCCACAGGCCCCGUGGCUGCCCCUGCCCUGCUGAGCAGGGGCUGGGGAGAAGCUCUCCGGACUCUGCUGUGUUUCACUGGGGCUGGAGCAGCCCUGGGGAAGCAGCUGCGGCUCUGCCUGGGCGGUCUCCAGUGCUGGGAGUGUGUGUGGCCAAGGGGUUCCCUGCCCUGGCCCCGGGUUUCACUCAUUUUGCUGUGAGCUCCAGGCAGUGAGGGCUGUCCUCAGCCUGGUCCCACGGUGCCUGACAGCCGUGGGAUCACCAACCGAGGGCAAACAUUAGGGAAUGAGCUCUGGGUCUGGCUUCUGUGCUUGGAAUCUCAGAAAUAAUCAGGAAACUUCUUCAGGGAAAAAGCCAGAGUGUUAAAUCCUACAGGGUGUACAGACUCACCCCCCUUUUCAUUAGAUUCCCUUUUUCCUCCAUAAUUCCAUGAGAUACAACAGGAUUAAGAGCAUUUAGGAACACCUAAACCUACUGCACCUCAUGUGGGGCUCUGGGCUUUCCUGACUGUGAAAAGUUAAACCCGAGCAGAGCUGCUUUAGUGGGAGAUCCAAACCUCCCUCCCUGGAGUUAGAGCCAGGUGCACACCUGGAAAACUUGCUCCUCCUGCCUCCAGCAGGUGAGGUGUCAGUAUUUUAUAAGUGAACAUUUGUGUGGUUUGUA